UUCAACACAUCAAAGCCCCAAAGAGUCAUCUCUGAUGAUUUCCCACAUUUCCUGAAUUUUUUUUAUCAAAAAACAAUCAGUCUGAUUUUUUCAAAUUGUGAAGAAUUCCUGUUUCUUCCACAAAAUCUCAAAAAAUGCGUGAGAAAUAAUAUUUUUAAAUAAAAAUCAUGGAAAUUCUUGGGGCAAAUUACGAAAUCUUGAGUCACAUUUACGCUGAAAUCCGGGGUCUGCAGAAAUUAGAAAGAAAUAAUGAAAAUAUUGAAGAUCCAGGACUUGAAAAAAUUCAUACAUUAAUAGACGAAGGAGCUGAGAGAGUCGAUAACUUAAUUAAAACUUUCCCCCUCUCCGAAAAUCUUCGAUUACUAGCAAUGAAAGUCACAUUGCUCUAUGAGAAAUCGAAAAGACUAGUCUGCGAAGAUAAACAAAAUUUGGCAGAAGAAGUUCUGGCUUCUUGUCUUCUCGCUAUCAACGAAUUCCUGUCAGCCAGUGAAAUUAUUUUCCUAGCACUCAGGAUUAUCAAUCAUUACUCCUAUCUGCUGAUGAAACGUGAGGAUAACACCGAGGCUCGAAAGAUUUUAGAGCUGGGAGAUUCAAUCUAUCGAAAAGCAAAAUUAAGAAACUCGUCUAUUCCAUUCUUCACCACCGAACAAUUAUUCUCCGACGAAAUAACUGCGACACCUUCGGAUUCCUGUAAUAAACUUGAGCGAUUAGUUACUAACAACCUGGCGAUGCUGAGCAUCAUCUACGAGAAGCUCGAGAUGCAUGAAAAAUUUGCUGAAUGUCAGCACGGGGUUCUGGAGAGGCAAUUUGACAUUUUUGGUGAUGAACUGCCAAUGUGGGCGAUCAAGUCCUCGAAACUCGCGUGUGUCUUCAUGGCCAAGGGUCGAUUCAAGGAGGCGAGAAACCAUUUGGCAGCUGCCAGUCAAAUUCUCAGCAGAUAUGAGGAAAUUUCGAAAUCAUUGGAGUCGAGCAGUGAUCCCACCCCAAAAUCAUGUCUAGAAAUUAAUCGAAAAUUAGCGGAUGUGGCGAACUGUUGGGUGAAAUACGGUCUGACCCUCUUCAGCACUUCAAAAAUGAACGUCCUACAACAUUUAUGCCAUGACUCAACUGAAAUGUUAUCAAAACUCUGGGAUCCGCCAUUCAGAAAUCCCAAGACAGCAGAAACUGAAGCGAUUGAUGAUAAACAUGACGCACUCAGAGACUCGAUGAAAUCGCAAAGAACUCUCUCGAGCAUUGACGAGAAUGAAUCUUCAGCAUCUGAUUGUCAUUCUCCUCCACUCCUGCUCUUUGAAAAGCUUGAACUGAGUGAAUACGAAGAUGGAGUUCCAGCAUCAUUGAUAGACAGCACAGAAGAAGCUAGAAUUCUUUUCCAUCAUACCCACACGUGGCUGAAACGAGUAAAACUUUUUUACACACUCCAAGAACAUCCCAUGGAGUACGUCAACACCAUCAUGGAUCUGAAUGAGUUAUACAGAUAUCUCGCUUUCUACGAGGAAGACAUCGAAAGUCAAUAUGCAGUACACAAAUUGAGAGCAGAUGCUCUGGAAACCCUGAGUGCAGUUCUCCGAGAAAUCACUCCUCAAUGUUACAUGGCAGUUUCUGUUGAGAUCCUACGAGAAUUGGCAGAGGUCCAGAUGGAAAUGAUGGGGUUGAAUCUGAGGAAAAUCUACGCUGCACAAACCACUCUCCCUGAUUUAAAUCAGACAGUCUGCAAAAUUGAAACACUUCACGACUUGAACACAAAGCUCAAGAUAUUUAAAAAGACUCUCUCUGAUCUUGAGAGUCCCGACGAGGAAACGUGAGGAUUCAAACCUGAAGGUUCUGGAUGACAGUCGAGUAGUGGAAACAGUCCUCAUGUCUUCAUUUCCUCGUAAAUCGACUGCUCUUGCUUUUUUUAUAA